AUGCCUCGCAUCUGGUUCAUCACCGGCUGCUCUUCCGGCUUCGGCCGUGAACUGGCCAUUACAGCCGCAAAGAACGGAGACACCGUGGUCGCCACUUCGCGCGAUCCCUCAAAAUUGGAGGCCUUGGCAUCUCUCGGCGUCAUCGCGAAGAAGCUGAAUGUACAGGGCAGCGAUGCCGAGGUCAAGGCAGUCAUCGAUGAUGUUCUUUCAACCAUCGGCCCAAUUGACAUCCUAGUCAACAGCGUUGGAUACAUCCUAGAGGGAGGCAUUGAAGAAUGCAGCCACGAAGAAAUCAUCGACCAUUUCGACGUGAACGUCUUUUCGCAGAUGCGCGUCCUGCGAGCAGCCCUCCCCUCAAUGCGCGCUCGCAAAACAGGCGCCGUCGCCACCUUUGGUUCUAUCGCUGGCUGGAGCGGUCAUCCGGGUGCUGGAAUGUACUGCGCCACGAAGGCGGCGGUCGCUCUCUUCACAGAGGCUUUACAUCAUGAGCUCGCUCCAUUCAACAUUGAUGUGACAUGUAUCGAGCCAGGAUAUUUCCGCACGAACUUCCUCACUGCGGGCCACAAGGUCAUCGCGAAGAACCACAUCGCCGAGCUGGACGUAGGCACCAAAGCCACUCGCGAUGCCAUGGUUGCAUACAAUCUCAAUCAGCCUGGUGAUCCCGCCAAGGGUGCGCAGGUUAUCUUUGAGGCUUUGACUAAGACUGGUCGCUGCGAGGGACGGAGUCUUCCCGCGCGACUUGCUCUUGGCCGGGACGCCCAGGGCGUUAUAAAAGAGAGUAUCGACCGCGAGCAGGAGAUGUUGGAUGGGUGGAAGGAUAUCAUUGGAUCUACAGACCACCAGGAUGUGGGAAACUAA